AUGAUUCAACAUUAUCAUUAUUAUCCAAUUACUUUGGUUAUAAUUAUUUUACUACUCAAAUCAUUUAUAAGUAGUUCUGAAAUCCCAAUCAUGAUUUAUGAUCUUGCUGAUGAAACACCAACUGGUUCAUUAAUUGGUAAUAUAGCAGAAAAUUUAUCAUUCAAUUCUAUAAGAAACUAUACAUACUUAUUCAUUACAUCAAUGAAAUUUCAAUAUAUCAAUGAUUAUAUCAAAAUUACAUCGAAUGGUGAUAUCAUCACAUUACGUCAUAUAGAUCGUGAUAAUACAAAUGAUAUAUGUGGUCCAUUAAAUUGUUGUACAUUACUCAUAUGUCAAAUUGAAGCGAAUAUCAUUUUAACUAAACAAUGGACUACUCAUUGGAAACAUAAUUUGAAUCAAGUGAAUCAUUCAUUCAUGGAAGAUCAUCGUAUUCCUGAGGAAGGUGAAGAAGAAUUGAGACGAAACUCGAUAAAAUUGAAUGAAUCUAAUCAACAACAAACGAUGAUACAAUUAUAUAUACGAAUUAAUGAUGCAAAUGAUAAUCCACCACGUUUUUUUAUGUCGACCAAUAUGAUGCAAUAUGAUUCAUUAAGUGGUUCUCAACAAUUAUUGAAUAGACCAUUUAUUAUUUAUAUACGUGAAGGGGAUACAAGUGGAUUUGAAGGUUUACCUAUUGCAUCAGAUGCAGAUUCUGAACUAAAUGGUAUAGUGAUGUAUAAACUCAUUGAAUAUACAAAUAAUGAAGAUCUUGUGAAAGAACCUCGAUUAAAUAUUACUAUGACAUAUGAUCAUAUUCAUUCAAUCAAUCCGAAAUUGAUACUUCUUCGAUCAUUAGAUUAUGAAAAUAUAGAUGAUCGUGAAAUCUAUGCUACAUUCUAUGCAAUUGAUGGAGGUGAUCCAUCAUUAACUGGUUCAUUAUCAAUUAUAGUUCGUUUAUUAGAUAUGAAUGAUAAUCCCCCUGUGAUUAAACAAUCUACAAUCAUAGAACAAUACAUCAUAUUACCAGAGAAUACAACAUUAGAUAAUAAACCAUUCUAUAUAGUGAAUGCAACAGAUGCUGAUUCUGGUGAGAAUAGUCGUUUAAUCUAUUCAUUUAGUCCAUUAGCAAAUAGUCUGAUUACAAUGAAAUUUCAUAUUGAUUCAAUCAAUGGUGCAAUUACAAUACAUGAGCCAUUAGAUUAUGAAGUAUAUUCUGAACGUCAAUUCUUGUUGCCAAUUAUUGUCAAGGAUUCUGAUAGUCCACCAUUAUCCUGUACAACGUCGAUUUCUAUUCAAAUUAAAGAUAUUAAUGAUAAUAUACCAACAUUAAUGAUACAAGAGAAUAUUACGAUAACAGAAGGACAUAUAUUUACAAAACCAAUUAUACGAUUUUAUAUUAAAGAUGAAGAUGAAGUAUCUCAUGGGAAAAUCCUUUGUAAACCAACUUCAUUAGAAUCAAAUCAUCUUCAAGAUAAAGAACUUCUAGCUGGUCAAGAUUAUUUACGUUUACAUCCAGUCUCUGAUACUGUAUUUUUUAUAUUUACAAAAGGUAUAUUUGAUUAUGAACAGAUUCAAUAUGCUUCAUUAUUAAUUGAUUGUUAUGAUUUAGCUGAUAUAGAACCAUUCAAUAAAGUAAAUUUCACUUUACAACACUUCCAUGAGAAGGAUCUAUUGAAUCAUCUAUAUCGAUUUCGUAUCACAGCAGCUAUCUCUGAUCAAAAUGAUAAUAUACCUAUAUUUAAACAAUCCAAAUAUUCUAUUCAAAUACCAGAACAUCUAUCAGAUGGAUCAUAUAUUACUGAAAUGAAAGCCUAUGAUUUAGAUAAAGGUGAAUAUGGACAAUUAACUUAUCAAUUAAAAUCAAUUACAUUCAAUUAUAUUGAUGAUCAUGAUCCUGAUCAUGAUCAUGAUGAAGAAGAUCCAGAUCAUUCGAAGUAUUCAAGACAUCCACAAGAAUAUGAACAACCAUUUGAAAUUCAUCCUCUAAAUGGUAUCAUUACAGUAUUACAUAAUCACUUAUUAGAUCGUGAACAAAUUGAAUAUUUUCAUUUAACUAUAUUAGCUAUAGAUAAAGGAAAUUUCACUACUCAAACACAAUUAAUCAUACAAUUAAUCGAUAUUAAUGAUCAUUUACCAAUAUUAUAUCAUAAUAAUCAUAUCAAUAUUGAUUUUCAAGAAAAUCAAAAAAUCAAUACUUUUAUUGAUUUUAUACAUUUAAUUGAUUUAGAUAAAGAUUCAAAAAAUUCAAUGAUACAUUUACUAUUAGAUAAUAAUCAGUCAAUUAUUAACCAAUCGAUCAAUAAUCCAUCGAUCGAUAACCAAUCAAUCGAUAAUCAAUAUAAUCAGUAUAUUAAAAUUAUACCCGAUAGCAAUUUUCAUUAUAAACAAAUGAAUCAAAAUGAAUUAAUGAAUGAAUAUGAAUUGAAAGCAAUAUUGAUUAAUCAAUUAAUUAUUGAUCGUGAAAAAAUCAAUAAAAUUUUCUAUCAAAUUAUUACAUAUAAUACUGAUAAUAAUAUAAAAUCAAUCAAUAGUAUAACAUAUACCUUAACUAUCAAUAUAUUAGAUGAAAAUGAUAAUAUACCAAUAUGUAUAUAUCCUAUUUAUAAUAGUAUUAUUGGUGAUUAUGAUCCAGAUCCAGAUCCAGAUUCAGAUCAAGAUCAUUCCAUAAUGAUUUAUACAAAUACACCAAUUUAUACAUUCGUUAUCCAAUUGAAAGGUUAUGAUCCAUGGCUUAAAUGGUACUAUUUUAUAUCAAUUAAAUCCAUUGACUAA